AAAGGAGCCUAAGCAGAGACAAACCCUUGAAACUAGUUAAUGAGUUUUAUAGUUAAUGUUGCCGUUACUCUGUUGUCUAAUCGGAAAUAUCCUCUUCUUUUUGCUUGCAUUGCAAUUGUUGAAUGGAAGAGCAAGAGAGUCCAAAAACGCCCGUAGCCAUAGCACAGCUUGUGUGGUUUUUCGGCAUAGCCUCAACCAUAAAGCUGUUACUAAUCCCAUCCUACCACAGCACAGACUUGGAAGUCCAUCGUCACUGGCUGGCCAUUACCCACUCUCUUCCUCUCAGUCAAUGGUACUCCGAUGAGACGAGUGAAUGGACCCUUGAUUACCCUCCCUUCUUUGCCUACUUGGAACGCUUCCUCUCCGCUUUUGCUCAUCUUAUUGACCCACAGAUCGUCCAUCUCCAUGAUGGCCUCAAUUACAAAGCCAAUUCUGCCAUCUAUUUUCAGAGGAUUUCAGUGAUCGUCUCAGAUUUAUUUCUCUUAUAUGGGGUUUACAGAUCGACUCAAACUUUGGCUUCUUUCAAGAGAAAUUUGAUAUGGGUUUUGGUGAUUUGGUCUCCGGGACUCAUAAUCGUGGACCAUUUGCAUUUUCAGUACAAUGGAUUUUUGUUUGGCUGGUUGUUAUUGUCAAUCUCAUUUUUAGCACAAGGAAGAGAUGUGAUGGGUGGCUUUCUGUUUGCUGUGUUGUUGUGUUUUAAGCAUUUGUUUGCAGUGGCGGCUCCUGUUUAUUUUGUUUACUUGUUGAGGCAUUACUGUUGGGGUGGGGUGGUUCGGGGUUUUACUCGGCUUUCUGUUAUGGGAGCUGUUGUUGUGGCAGUUUUCGCAGCAGCAUAUGGGCCGUUUGUUUAUCAUGGGCAGAUACCACAAGUCAUCCGCCGCAUGUUUCCUUUUGGCAGGGGACUCUGCCAUGCUUAUUGGGCUCCAAACUUUUGGGUUUUCUAUAUUAUGUUAGAUAAAGGAAUUGCUUUCUUUCUGAGGAAGUUUGGCUUCAAUGUCCUGGCACCAGCAGCUUCAUUCACUGGUGGACUAGUUGGUGAUGCAUCCCCAUUUGUUAUAUUACCUCAGAUAACUCCAAUGGCAACCUUCAUAAUGGUCCUGCUUGCCUUAUCUCCCUGUCUUUUCAAAACUUGGAGGGAUCCCAGACCAAGGCUGAUUGCCAGAUCAAUUGCCUAUGCAUUCACAUGUGGUUUCUUAUUUGGGUGGCAUGUUCAUGAGAAAGCAUCACUGCACUUUGUCAUCCCCCUCGCUAUUGUUGCAGUGGAAAGUUUGGAGGAUGCAAAGCAUUACUUCUUGCUAUCUAUAGUGUCUUGCUACUCACUCUUUCCCCUUCUACACGAAGCCCAAGAAUACCCAAUAAAAGUGUUGCUGUUGCUGCUACAUUCUAUCCUAAUGUGGUUCUGUUUUUCUGCACAAUUCACCAAGAAUGUAUCAAUGAAGGCCGGUUUACAGGCUGAUAAGAAGGCCGCUCAAUUUGGCUUGAAAGGAAGUUCCAGAUGUGCUGCUGAGAAAGGAGGGUUUGUGCUUGAUUGGGUUGCAAAGAGUUACCUGUUUGGUGUUUUGAUUGUUGAAAUAUGGGGUCAUUUUUUGCAUCCUUACCUUCUUGGAGAUAAGUUUCCCUUUGUACCACUUAUGUUGAUCUCAAUAUAUUGUGCAUUAGGGAUUUUGCACUCUUGGAUUUGGCAACUGAAACGGAUCAUGAUAUUGGCCUGACUUGGUACUCCCUUAGGUUGCUUCUUUUGAUUCUAGUUUUAUUCCUCACACUCUUGAGUAAACAAAAUUUCUACUUCCCGAUGAGUAUAGAGAAGACAAUUCUUGCUUUUACAUGUGCUAUUGUAGAUUCUAGUUUGUUUCUCACACUUAACUAUUUAUUUAUUAUUAUCAUUAUUAUUUUUCAAA